AUGCCUAUUGGUAUGUCUCCCUAUUGUCUUUUGUUUGGGAAAUCUUGCCACCUCCCAGUAGAACCUGAGCAUCGAGUUUAUUGGCCAAUAAAAGCUGUGAAGUUUGAUGUGAAAUUGGCUUGUGAGAAAAGAUUGCUCCAAUUGAAUGAACUUGAUGAAGCCCGCCUUGACUCUUACGAGAAUGCUCAAAUUUACAAAGAAAAGUCAAAGAAAUGGCAUGACAAACACAUUGUGAAACGCGAGUUCUUUGUUGGACAACAAGUUAUUCUCUACAAUUCUCGACUCCAAUUGUUUCCCGAAAAGCUCUGCUCAAGAUGGUCGGGUCCUUUCACCAUUGCUAAAAAUUUUCCACAUGGAGCAGUUGAACUUCAUCAUGAGGAAAAGGAGAACUUCAAGGUUAACGAGCAACGGUUGAAACCAUUUGGAGGUGAUUUUUCUAAGGAGAAGUCCUCCAUUCCUCUUACCAAUUUGGAGUGA